AUGACAGACUCAUCAGACGAAUCCGCCACCGAGGGCGUCGGCCUCGUGCAGAACGAUGCAUCCGACUCGGAAAACUCCGUCGACUCUGAGGUUGAAGAUCAGGGCACCGGCUUCCUCGACGUCGAGGCUUCCGAAUCAGGCGACAGCGACUCCGAGUCCAGCGACGACUCAUCCGAUGAGGAAUCAGACUACGACGACAUUCUAGGGGCAGGAAGCAGCCGCAAGGCACAACCCAAGGCCGUCUUCACCCAGUUCAAGAAGCUGCCUAUCGAGCUGCGCCAUCGCAUCUGGCAGUACUUCUGUCCGGACCUCGAUCGUUCACCGCGCGUUCUUUCUUUCCAGAUGGUUUGCUCGCCGACGCAAGAUGUUAUCUGGGAAAGCGCGACCCUGGAUAACCAGAUCCGGGCGGUGGACGCGAUGCUAGGUCUUCACCAGGAAAGUCGCGAGAUCGCGCUCAAGGCGUUCCCAGACACGCUAGCCAUCCGCGAGGGCCGCCGGAUCGUGCACUUCAACAAGGAGCGCGACAUUGUGCACAUCAACGGCCACAGGAAGGAUUGGGCUCACAACGCCGUCAUCCCAGGGUUUUCAGAAAACGUGCUCCACCUCGCUGCAGAUAUCGACUACUUCCAACUAAAGGAAAUGCAGACUCUUGCAUCCUUUCCCGAGGUGAUCAACUUUUACAAAUUCGAGUGGCACAACGAGGGACGCCCCCCAAAGAAGCUGCGAUGGUGCGCUUCGGACAAGAUCCACCGUUACGAGAUCCAGCAGUUACAGCGAGAGUGCCGGAUUGGCGAAGACCUGCACUUUGUGUACUGCUGGCCUGAUGUCGACAAGCACCCGGAAUUUGCCGCGAAACACGCAUCUGAGCAGUUUGCGGCCAUGGACGGUUUGGACGAACUCGGCGACGAACUCCGGGAGACGAUUCUGGAAGGAGACCCUGAUCUCGAAGCUGAGACUGUCGGGGAGUGGGAUGUCAUGUUUGAACAGCUCUGCGACAUCAAGUACUGGCGAAUGACAUGCUUCGGUUGGGACGCCGCGGACAGGUUUCCCGCAUUUUUGGCAAAGCACGGCGACGCACGGGAGUACGACCCCAAUGAAGACGAAGAAGGCGACGACGUAGGGGAAUCCUCGGAAGAAGACGACUCGGAUCAGAAUGAGUACGAGAGCGACGGUAUCGACGACGCCACCAUCGACGAGGAGUCUGUGAAUGAGGACCCGGACGUGGAUGACCUUGAGAUCGACGGCAGCCAGGAAAGCGAAGAUGAGGAGGAUGGUGGCGCUUCUGACUUUGGAGGAUUCUCACCGCUGAGAGAUGAGGACGGCGGCAGCAUGCUUGUCGACGGCGAUGCUUCAGCGGCACAGUUCUCAAGUCCCGAGCCGGAAGCUGCAGCAGAUCGUCCCCGUGGGCGAGGUGGUCGGCCUCUGGUGGUCCUUGAUGAUGAUGAUGAUGAGGAGGAAGAGACCGAGGCACAAGACUCACAACCCCCAGCCAGAAGGCGACGACGUGAAUUCAUCAAAAUCGAUUCCGAGAUCGACGACGAAGACGAUGAGGAGGAACAGCCGGCCCAAAGCACAACUCGGCGGCGACGCGUGGUCGUAUCCGACGACGAGGAUGAAGAUGAGGAGGACGAGGCAGAGAAGCUUGCACGACCGGCUGGCAGACGCGCUCGGGUACUACCAUCAGACGAUGAAGAAGAAGACGAAGAUGAGGGCGGCGCAGAGGUUGGCGACGAUAAGGCCAAGGAUGAGUCGGACGGGGAAGAGGAACCGUCAAGGCCAAAGAAGCCGCUCUCGCUCGCUGAGAAGCUCCAACGCAACCGCCAACAAAACCCAAUAUCCGACGAGGAGUCUGAAGAAGAGGAAAGCUCAGAGGAGGAUGCGCCACCCAAAAAGAUGUCGCUCGCCGAGAAGCUCAUGGCCCAUCGUCGCAAGAACCCCAUCGAGACUGAGUCGGAGCCUGAGACGGAAGGAACUAUUGGCGUUGAUGAUACCGACGAUGAGGAGGAUGAAGAAGAAGACGAGGACGAGGAGAGCGGGAUGUUUAUGAACAUGGCUGAGGAGGGCGAAUCGGGCGACGAGCAGAAUGAGGAUGAUUACUAG